AAGUUGAUACUUCUCCACAAACCACCCAAAGCAAACUCUGAGGAAAAAAAAGAAAUAAAUCCAUGGCAGAAAAAGGGUGGAAAUUUAAUUAAAAUGGAAAGAAAAGCUUGAAAAAGCAGGGGAAGAAAGGAGGAUGGGUGCUUUGCUUUAGCCCCUCACUACUACUACUACUACUACUACUACUACUGUUCUUACAGCUUCUGCUUAGCAUCUUUUGUAGCUUUUGUGCUUUUUUUCCUCAGUCCCAUUCAUUCUUUUACCUGCUUGUUAGUUUCUCUUGUUUUCAUCUUUCCCUCAAGGUGAUUUCUUCUCUUUGCUUGCCAGACAUGCUAUUUCUACCCAUUUCUUGGGCUGAAAUCAGUUGCUUCUCAUCAUUCUUUUGAUUUUUUAUCCCUGUUUUGAAAAUCUUUCUGGCAUUGAUCGUUUCAAAAGGGAGUGUGUCUUUUUCCAGUCUCUCUUCUGCCGAGGUUUUUUGUUUCUUGUUUUUUCUCCAUUCUUGGGCUUCUCUCCUUUCCUCCUUGGAAUUUUAUUUCCUCGGAAAAUUCUCUGGUUUUGCCUUUCUGGGCUCUGCUGAUCAAGCUUAAAAAUUUUAUCUUGCUUGAAUUUUUGUCGCAAGAAUUAAGUUUCUAUUUUUGGGGACAAACUGAUCCUAAUUCUCUUCGUUCUUGAUUUCAACAAUUUCCCUGGAGUUGUUUUCCCUUCAAAUGGUUUGAAAAUUCCAGCUUUUUCUUGAGUACUCUUGAUCACAAGUUGUUGGAUUUUUGCAACUUUGAUAUUUUCUUGAAUCUUCUCACUAUUGGGUUCUUGAUUCCAUGGGACUUUGUCAUGGAAAACCCACUGAACCCCCACGAAAUCUGUCCGAAAAUCCAAUAAUCCCGGGCGAAAACAAUGAGCCCGUACUCAAUUCCUCAACCGGAAAAACGCCCAAGUUUCCAUUUUACAGCCCGAGUCCCCUGCCUAGCGCAUUCAAGAAUUCCCCUGCCAAUUCUGGCAGUGUCCCUUCAACUCCUUUGCGCUUUCUUAAGCGCCCGUUUCCACCACCAUCACCAGCUAAGCACAUUAAGGCCUUGCUUGCAAGGAGGCAUGGCUCUGUGAAACCGAAUGAGGCCACUAUACCUGAAGGGAGUGAGUGUGAGAUUAUUGGGUUAGAUAAGAAUUUUGGGUUCUCCAAGAAUUUCAUUAGCCACUAUGAACUUGGGGAAGAGAUUGGCAGAGGGCAUUUUGGUUACACUUGUUCAGCUAGAGGAAAGAAGGGGAGCUUGAAAGGGCAGGAUGUGGCUGUCAAAGUUAUCCCAAAAUCAAAGAUGACUACAGCCAUUGCCAUAGAGGAUGUCAGAAGAGAAGUAAAGAUACUACGAGCACUAACAGGACACAAAAACUUGGUACAAUUCUAUGAUGCCUAUGAGGAUGAAGACAAAGUAUAUGUUGUCAUGGAGUUAUGCAGAGGAGGAGAAUUACUAGAUAGGAUACUUUCUAGAGGUGGCAAAUACCCAGAAGAAGAUGCCAGAAUCAUCAUGGUACAGAUUUUAAGUGUAACGGCUUAUUGUCAUCUCCAAGGUGUGGUUCACCGUGACUUAAAACCUGAGAAUUUUCUCUUUACUUCAAAAGAUGAGCAUGCCCCUCUGAAGGCCAUCGAUUUUGGACUUUCUGAUUAUGUAAAGCCAGAUGAAAGGCUGAACGAUAUUGUUGGAAGUGCUUACUAUGUCGCACCUGAAGUUUUGCAUAGAUCUUAUGGAACAGAAGCUGAUAUGUGGAGUAUUGGCGUCAUUGCUUAUAUACUUCUUUGUGGAAGCCGACCGUUCUGGGCUAGGACAGAAUCAGGAAUCUUUCGAGCUGUUCUAAAGGCAGACCCGAGUUUCGACGAAGCCCCUUGGCCUUCCUUAUCUCCAGAUGCCAUAGAUUUUGUGAAGAGAUUGUUGAACAAGGAUUACCGUAAAAGGCUAACGGCAGCACAAGCUCUUAGUCAUCCAUGGCUGGCUGGUCUCCACGACGUCAAGAUUCCUCUGGAUAUGAUAACAUAUAAGCUUGUGAAAGCUUAUAUCUGUUCAUCUCCUCUGAGAAAGGCAGCUUUAGGGGCUCUUGCAAGAACAUUGACAAUACCGCAAUUAGCCUAUCUUCGGGAACAGUUCACAUUAUUAGGGCCAAACAAAAGCGGCUUUAUAUCCCUACAGAACUUCAAAUCGGCAGCAGCAAAGAAUGCAACUGACGCAAUGAAGGAUUCACGGGUUUUAGAUUAUGUCAAUGUGGUGAGUUCUCUUCAACACAGAAAAAUGGAUUUUGAAGAAUUCUGUUCUGCAGCAAUAAGUGUACAUCAGCUGGAAGGAAUGGAAAGCUGGGAGCAACAUGCACGCCGCGCCUACGAUUUUUUCGAGAAGGAUGGAAAUAGGCCUAUCAUGAUAGAGGAACUUGCCUCCGAGCUCGGGCUUAGUCCAUCUGUUCCAGUGCACGUAGUUCUGCAGGACUGGAUAAGACACUCGGAUGGGAAGCUCAGCUUCUUGGGGUUCGUUAGACUUCUGCAUGGCAUUUCUUCCCGAGCGUUUCAGAAGGCAUGAGAUGCCAUUGCCCACUUGUCUUACUAACAUGCCUCUGAGAAGAUAACUUCUGGCCGAUGAAACUGCAACUCGAAAACGAAGACAGAGAUGUAAAACUGCAUAGAAGGUUAAUGGAUAUUGAAGCUGCAGCCAUUUGCAGAUUGUCUUCAGUAUGCAUUACUCCUUUUCUGUUUUUCCCAAUGUUUGCUGCCUAUGUAGAGAUUGUACAGAUGAGAGUAGUUUACAGAAAUGUAUUUGUAGCUCUAGAAAUUGAACUCUUCAUAGUUGAAGUGGCUUUUGUGUCUUUGUGUGGUGUAUUCCUUGUCUACUGCUGCACUCCACAUGCCAUCUCCCAUCUACAGAAAUUCCAACUCAAAUCGAGUUUGGAUGGUCUCAAACUAUGUGGCAAGCACAAUAUAUUUACAGUUUAGAAAAAGUGAUCAAUUAUAUUA